AUGGCAUAUAAAAGAAAUACAUUGUAUGUUGAUCAAAAAGUCAUUUUAAUACGUGCAGUAGAAAAUGGUGAAACAAUAAGUGAUGUCGGGAGACGUUUUGGAUUCAGCCCAUCUACUGUCUCUACUAUCUGGAAGAGUAAGGAAAAAAUAUUGCAGGCUAAUACAGAAGGAAGUCCUUACAAAAGAAUAAGAAAACCAAAAUUUGAAGGGUUGGACCAGGCUUUGAUAACAUGGUUCCAUAAACAACAAUAUGAUAAUUUACCUAUAUCUGGGCCUAUUUUGAAAACUACAGCUGAAAAUCUUGCUCAGCAACUUGGUAUUACAGAUUUCAAAGCCUCAGAAGGAUGGCUAGGAAAAUUUAAACAUCGGCACAAUAUUAGCUAUAAGCAAAAAAAUAAAAAAGCACAAAAUGUUAACUUAAAUGUUACUAACAACUGUCUAAAUAAGAAAAAGCCAAAAUUUAAUAAAAAGUUCAAUCCAGAUAAUAUGUUAUUUGAUGUUGAUGCGAAUGGUAAUUUUAAGAAAAAAACACCAAAUAAAAGAGAGAAAUCUGUGGGAGGUAAACCUCCUAAAGAACGUAUCACGACGUUUGUACCUGCCAAUGUGAGUGAUACUAGAAAAAGAAAGAUUAUGGUAAUAAGCAAAUCCAAAAACCAUGAAGAAAUAGAAAAGGACUUGGUUAAAACCAUAUUGUUAACUGAUGAAAAAGUCCUAAAUUCAAUGACAAAAGUCAAGGAGCAAAGAGAAGAUAAACAGAAAAAACAACAUGACAAAAUCGUACCAAGUCUUCAACAAGCACUUGAUGCGGCUAAAUUAUUAGAAAAAUACUUACUGUUUCAUGAAGAUGAUCCAAAGUUAUUCCAAAACAUGGGUCAAAUUCUUAGAAAAAUCCAAAACAAAUAUUCGCAGAGCAAGUAA